CAUGUUGUCACUCUUGAAACGAGAAGGGGAAAACACAGUCCAUGCCUACCAUGUAUUCUGGAAUAACUACUACCAUAGCCUUACUGCAGCUCUUUCACAUUGCAUCAACAAGCAAACUGUUAUGCUAUUUUACCAACUGGUCACGGUACAGAGCCAGUGCGGGAAAAUUCCUGCCAGAAAACGUAGACCCUUUCCUGUGCACACACCUCGUUUAUGCCUUUGCCAUCGUCAGCCACCAAAAUGAGAUCACAGCGUUUGAGCGGGAUGAGAAAAACCUCUACCAAACAUUCACUGCGCUCAAGAACAGGAGCUCCAGUUUGAAGACAUUGCUGUCCGUCAGAGAGCAAGGCGAUGGAUCCCAGUUCUCCAUCAUGAUGUCUACUUCAGCCAACCGUCAGACUUUCAUCCAUUCCACUGUCAAAUUCUUGAGAACUAAUCAAUUCGAUGGUCUGGACCUGGACUGGGAGUACCCUAGAGGUGACCCAGAAAGUAUCAGGUUCAGUCUGCUGUGUAAGGAACUUCAAGCAGCCUUCAAAGCUGAGAGCAAAGGGCAGAGGAACACACAACUCCUUCUCUCUGCAGCGCUUCAAGUCAAAACAGACAUGAUCAACAAAGGAUAUGAAAUCUCCCAAAUAUUCAGAUACUUGGAUUUCAUGAGCGUAAAGACGUUUGACCUGCAUGGUGGCGAUGCUGUGACAGCCCAUCACAGUCCAAUCUACUCUGCAGACAACGCAAACAUAAACGCCAUCAUGCAGUACUUGAUGGCACAAGGUGCUCCUGCAGGGAAGUUGCUGCUCGGCUUCCCCGUUCAUGCACGUUCCUUUACUCUAUCCACCACAGCGGCUGGCCUCAAUGCUCCGGUGAGUGGUGCUGCACCUCCUGGGCCGUACACCCAGCAGAUUGGCUUCUGGGCUUAUUAUGAGACAUGUUCUUUCCUGAUAGGCGCAUCUGUUUGGUGGGAUGACAUUGAAAAAGUGCCCUUUGCUGUUAAAGGCAAUCAAUGGGUUGGUUUUGACAACCAAAAGAGCUACGCUGCCAAGGUGGACUACCUGAAAAACAAACAGCUGGGAGGAGCUGCUGUGUGGACGCUGGAUUUGGAUGACUUUACUGGACAGUUCUGCCAUCAGGGCAAAUAUCCUCUCAUUUCUCAUCUAAAACACAAACUUGGAGACUGGAAAGCACAGAAUUUACCUUCGUCCAUAUCGCCUGCCACAAGCCCCGCCUCUCAAGUUACUGUAGAGCCGUCAAUCACAACAAGCCGGAUAGGAGCACAACCAGAUGACAGUUGCUUUGACAACAUCACUGUUGUUUACCCUGGGAGUGACUUCUGCACACGCAGACGUGAUGGAUUGUAUGCAAGAUCAGUGCAUCCACACACCUUCUACACGUGCAUGCAGAGUAUCACUUAUGUCACAAGGUGCCACAACCUACAACACAACACUGCAAUGGAAGUCAUAUCCUCCAAGAAUUUAUGUGUCCUAAACCUUGUUCUCAUACUAACAUUGUCAGUCUAA